CGUCACUUUCCUUGACGUAAGCGCAGUCUCUGGCGGCUGGAUUUGAAUCGGCGCUGUGAGGUGUCGCGGCUGCUGAGCGCUGUCCUGGUACCGCCGGGCUCAUUGGCUGUUCGGGGCGCUUUAGGGAAGCAUGAAGGGAGACAUGGACCCCGGGGACCUGGAUGAGUUGUGUUCACACGUCAAUUCCAAGAUUUCCCUUAUUAAAAAGACGCUGCAGCUAAGGAAUAUCGGACAAGACCCGUCUCUGAACAGUGUGCUCAGCAAAAUAGCAUUUGAAAUGCACUCACUGUACAACCUUCUCAAUAACCUGGAGACUGAGGUUCAGCGGCAAGAGACCAUUGCUAACUCCCUCAGGGAGCUGCAGGCCACUGUCGAGAGAGAUUUCACUGAGGCAAGUCAUCUGAAGGAAAAUAUCCCUCCACAUCUUCCCAAGAGGACACAAAGCAGCUCUGCUCCAGAUGAAGCGCCUGAGAUGGUGGUGAAGGUUGCAGCUCCGGAACCAGCCAAGAAACCCAGCAAGGAAAAGCCCAUUAAAGAAAUGGAGCUGAUUACGGUGCAUGAAUUUGGGACGGUGCCAGCGUACAUGAAAAACCGCCUAACAUACGAGCAAAUAAACAACAUCAUAGAAGAACUGAAUAAGGCUGUAGUAGGGAAGUAUAAAAUCUUGCACCAACCCCUAAAAUCCCUGAGCAAUCAGGCCAGAAAGCAGCUCAGCAGAUAUAAAGAAGAGGAGACCAAGGACACGAAAGGGCAGUUCUUUAUUGUGGAUCAAGAUAUCAAGGAUUUUACUCAAGUAAAGGUGGACAAGCGGUUUCACGGGAUGCUAAGCAUUCUUCGGCACUGCCAUCGUCUCAGAGAGAUCCGUGGAAAAGGAUUAGUGCGCUAUAUCAUUUGCUAAACCGGAAACUCCUUGGUGACUUAUAAUAUCCCUAUAUUUUACAAGAGGGAGUACUUUUUUCACUAUAUAAUAAGCCUGCAGCAAUGGGCUAAGUCUAUGCACCCAUACUUCUAGCUGUUCCACUAUUCUUUGAAGAAUAUAUGUUUAUGUGUAUAUAUCUAUAUAUAGGUAUGGGGUCCGUUAUCCGGAAACCCAUUAUCCGGAAAGCUUUUACAGUUAUUUCCUUUUUCUCUAAUAAUAGAACAGUGCCUUGUGCUUGAUCCCAACUAAGAUAUAAUUACCCCUUAUUGGGGGCAGAACAGUCCUAUUGGGUUUAUUUCAUGGUUAAAUGAUUCCCUUUUCUCUGUAAUAAUAAAACAGUACCUGUACUUGAUCCCAACUAAGAUAUAAUUACCCCUUAUUGGGGGCAGAACAGCCCUAUUGGGUUUAUUUCAUGGUUAAAUGAUUCCCUUUUCUCUGUAAUAAUAAAACAGUACCUGUACUUGAUCCCAACUAAGAAAUAAUUACCCCUUAUUGGGGCAGAACAGCCCUAUUGGGUUUAUUUCAUGGUUAAAUGAUUCCCUUUUCUCUGUAAUAAUAAAACAGUACCUGUACUUUAUCCCAACUAAGAUAUAAUUACCCCUUAUUGGGGCAGAACAGCCCUAUUGGGUUUAUUUAAUGGUUAAAUGAUUCCCUUUUCUCUGUAAUAAUAAAACAGUACCUGUACUUUAUCCCAACUAAGAUAUAAUUACCCCUUAUUAGAGACAAAACAAUCCUUUUUGAUUUAAUUAAUGUUUGAAUGAUUUUUUAGUAGACUUAAGGUAUGGAGAUCCAAAUUGUGGAACCCCAUGUCCUGAGCAUUCUGGAUAACAGGUCCCACACCUGUGUGUGUGUGUGUAUAUCAAUAGAAUAAGUAUACAGUAAAGUUCUGUUUCCUAUAAAUUUUGGAUAUUAAUACAAUGUUCCUAUAUGCAUGGCCGUAUUAGUCCUUUGGUUAUUUAAUUCCUGCUUUAGAUGCAAUUAUUACAUUUUAAUUCUCUGAAAGAUUA